UGGCAUAGAGUCAGUGCUGCUUGAAGGGUGACGCAGGGGAAAAAGCACUAUCUUUGAGUUUGUCAAAUGCAGUUAACUCCAUUUGGAUACAGGACUUCCCUGAUUUCCAUUACAUCUGACCUGCAGAGCUUAAAUAAACAACAGCAGCAUGAAACUACUAAUAUAAUAUCCGUUCCAACUAAAUCAGUAGUUUCUAAUAGCUUGUUUAUAACUGAAAUACUUUUUGAAAUUAGAAGAAGGGGGGAGGGAUGGGAAUAUUCCGCUGAUCCACCAUGACAUGCCUUAGACUUGUAUUCUCAACAGUCUUUGAUCUGGGUUCCCCAGACUUUUAUUCCGUAGUCUGUCUAUGCUUGUACCUUGGUAUAUUAAAGUAAUGAGUAAGAGUACAGGUAGGGAUCACAAGACAGUUCAAGAAAGACACUAAAAGAAUUGGAGAGUUGUGAGAAUCACUGACUUGUCUCUUGACUUUUGGGUUACAUUUCCCUCUCCUAGUGGAUCCAAAGAGGAGAAUGAAAUGUGAGGAGAAGCCUGGACAGGCAACAUCAGCUUUGUCCUAGACAAGCAAGGCAUCCACUGCACAGAAGCUGGCAUAGGUGAAGUCUAAAUAAGGCGUGUUUUCAAUCACAAGAGAACUUAAUUGUUGGGUUAUUUCAGUAGAGACUUCUACAGACAUGUUUAGGUGAUUUAAAAAAAAAACACCACAACAGUAUUUUUAAGCAAGUGCAGUGGGAAUUAAUUCAAGCAGUCCUAUAGCCAGCAUUAUACAAAGAGGUUCAAUUAUAAAAUGAAAAAUGGAGGAAGGGCAUAGUCAGAAAAUGCUCAGGUCGUGGCCAGUCCCUCAGCUAGCAUGCAAGGAAGCAGAAAUAACAUCAGUCAGGGGACUAGAAAAGAAAUGGCCAAGGUCCUUCUCAUGCUGAUCUAGUUUGCCUGCUGUGGAGAAGAAUGCGGUCAUAUAGGGAGUGAUGGGGCUGUAUGGCCUCUAUGUGCCCAGUGCUGCAUCCCCUUACCAGCAUAUCUUGCGAUAAAGCACCAGGUUUAAUUACCCUUUGGGCCCUUUGGAUCCUGCUUGUGGGACUUACCCCUCCUCAAUAAUUAGCAUUUGUCCAGGAAUAAGAUGCCUCUUCUUAUUUCAUUCAUCUUCUGAGAGGUGUCCCUUCUAGCAACUCACGUUGUCCCAAAACUCAGGAGCUUUCAGCUGUCCCUGUAGUCAGUCUGAACACCUUCUCUUUUUUCAGAAAGUCACUCAAUGUGGGCUUCAGUGAGCAGCAGCAGCGAGGAAACUAUAGAGCCCAAUUACACAAGCAUAGAGCAGCUCUUUUGCUUCCCACAACCAACGCCCAAGGAGAAAACAGCCACGCCAGUGAAGGCAGAACCAAAGGAGAUCACAUUUUUGGACUCCAAGAAAAGUCUCAAUUUGAACAUAUUUUUGAAGCAAUUUAAAUGCUCCAACGAAGAGGUGGCUGCCAUGGUCCAAAAUGGGGACCGGACCAAGUUUGAUGUUGAGGUUCUGAAGCAGUUGCUGAAGCUGCUGCCUGAAAAGCAUGAGAUAGAAAACCUGAAGGCCUUCAAAGAAGAGAAAUCGAAACUAGCAAACGCAGAUCAGUUUUAUCUUCUCCUCCUUCAGAUUCCAAGCUACCAGCUGCGCAUUGAAUGUAUGCUGAUCUGUGAAGAGACCACGGUUGUGCUGGACAUGAUUCAGCCGAAAGCUGAAGCCAUCCGGAGAGCCUGUGAAGAUCUUCUGAACAGUCAGCGCCUGCCACUUUUCUGUCAACUGAUUCUCAAAGUUGGAAACUUCCUGAACUACGGAAGUCACACAGGCGAUGCCGAUGGGUUUAAAAUCAGCACUUUACUCAAACUAACAGAAACCAAAGCAAACCAAACCCGCAUUACACUGCUGCACCAUAUUCUGGAGGAAGUAGAAAACAGCCACAAGGACCUACUGGAACUACCAAAGGAUCUUGAAUAUGUUUCAAAAGCAGCAGGAAUUAAUCUUGAUAUUAUACGCACGGAGUCCAGUACCAAUUUAAAGAAGUUGCUGGAGCUUCAGCGAAAAGUCUUAUCAUCAAAUGACGAUGUGAAACAACAGUAUGAGAAACCUAUCCAGGAUAGCAUUGAUGCCUCCAGAAAGCUGGAAGAAGAAUUUGAAACCAUUGAAAGGAAGAGACAAGACCUUGCAAAUUAUCUCUGUGAAGACUCAAGCAAGUUGUCCUUAGAGGACAUAUUUAGCACCAUGAAGACCUUCAGAGAUCUCUUCAUCCGAGUUCUGAAGGAGAACAAGGACAGAAAGGAGCAAGCUGCCAAAGCAGAGAAGAGGAAGAAACAGCUGGAAGAGGAAGAGGGGAAAAGACAGAAGGGAGAAAACGGAAAAGUCAUUAAGAAGGGGGUGGUGAAGCAGGAGGAGGUGUGUGUCAUCGAUGCGCUGCUAGCCGACAUAAGGAAAGGGUUCACGCUGAGAAAGACAAAGAACAGACACGAGUCGGAUGCAAUUCCUAAAAACUUGCCUGCGGAGGGCCCAGAGGAGAGGCAGUCUGGAAACGGCAUUAAGGAUCCACAAGCAGCAGGAAAGCAGAUGGAUGAUAAGACCAAGCAAAACAACGAUGGUCAUCCCUCAGAAAGCACUUCCCCAUCAAACACUGCCCUGAUGGAGGUGGGUGGAGAUGUUACAGAUGCUUCAGCUUCAAACCAGGUGUUAUCUAAAAACAAUGCUGGAGGAGAUUUGCCACCAGAGACCCAAACAGAAAACCCCUCAGUAAGCUUGGUGGAAGCUGAUGGGGCUGGUCAGCCCAUGCCAGGCACUGGGAUGGAGCAGGCAGACAGCUGGGCAAGCCUCCAGCCAAGCGCAAAGAGCGGCUCCAUUGCUUUCUCUACUGCUAACAUGGGCACAGGGAUAAUGUUUGUGAGCAGUAGUUCGGCCACUACUCUCAGAGACCGACUCAGAUGGACCAGCGGGGCCAUCUCAGAAGACCAGGACAAGGAAUGCCCAGCUGAUGGCUUGGAGAGCUACGGGCUGGCGCAGGAGCCAGAAACCCAGCUGAGCAAGAGCGGGGUUGACCCUGGCAGCACUCAAUCUGCUCUCUGUGAGGCUCAUCAAGCAGAGUCAAAAGAGAUGGCGAAGGAAAAUGAAGACCCUGGUGCAGACUCGCUGUUGGACACCUCUCAAGAGAAGUCCUUCUCGGAGGAGCCAGCCACUGACUCCUCUUGUUCAGCAACAGUUCCCCCAGAGCAAACUCACACCGACAGAGAAAAGCAGAGGUCAUCUGGGAAAAGGAGGAAGAAGAAGAGGCACAGCAAAAGCUACUCAGCAGAGGUUGAGACUGAUACUGGAGAUAAUAAAACAAAAAAAGAUUGUGUGGUACAAUGAGGUGUCACAGCAAGGCAGAAGAAAUAACAGAGACCCAGCGAACCACUCACGUGUCCUCAGAGCGCUGCCAGCUUCUCAGAAGCCAGGUUCUGCAUCGCCAAAACACCACCGUGGUCACCUCUGCCCAACAGGACUCACUGCUUCUCUUCAUGCAGCCUUUCGUUCCCUCUCCAAGACCCAGAGAGCCUUCCUGGUGACUUUGGACCCCUUAGCUUGUGCCUCAUGCUGGGCGCUCACAGGGCUGGGGGCCGGUUCUGUGCAUGGUGGCGUGAAAGGGUCAGACCUCUCAUCUGCUGUCCUGGAAACUAAAUCUUUCAACCUGCUCUUAGGCCAAACUCCACUUGGAACGACAGCUGAGUGUGGCCCAAGAAAGGACCUCAGUGUUUAGCCUUCAGAGAAAUAUCAAAAAUAGCAGUGCCUCAACUACAGUAAGGGUAUAAAUUAAGCAGUGUCUGUACCAUCACAGGUAGAAGCAUGUUAACUCCCCCUUCUCAUCGCCUACUGACGAUUUAUCUGGGACCAGAUCCAAGACCUAAGUAUUGGUCUUGGAUCAGACAAAGUAUUUUUACUCUCAACCAUUUAAAGCCAGGGAAAUUGGUUACAGGGAAAAAAAAGUGGAAAAAAAAAAAAAAAGUAUGUAUUUUAGUAAGCAUAUGGCCAUAUAAACAGUGUCUGGUUCUACAUGAUGCUUAUGUGCAAUUAAGCUGAAGCACAUCGGUAGUCUUGCAGUCUACUCACACAGAUGCAUCCAUCAACUUUCAGAGAUCCAGGGCCUCAGUUCCUCUUAUUAAAGCAACAGAGGUUUUCCAGAGUGCUUUAUCAGACACAUUUCAGCUCAUCCUUUAGUAAAUCUCUGGGUUUGAAUUCUGUUGUCAGCUGCUUGCACUCAAUAUUCUUUAUGUCCAAGUUGUAGAAUGUGUAGAUUCAUGUUACUUUUGCUUUAAAACUGGGAAUGUGCAGUAUUGUGUUUUCAAAAUUCAGAGAUUUAUUUCUUAAGUUUUGUAAUAACAUUGUAUCAUAGUUUUGUACAUAGCUGUCAAUUUAAAAUGAUCUAUGUUUGUUGAAUCUAUAGUGUGAUACUGUGCUGAAACAUGAAUCAAGUGGAAGAGCUGGGUACAUUUAAGAACUAUGCCUUUAUAUGGUAACUCACUGUGGCUAGACUAAUGUUCAGGCUAAAGCUUAUUUUGCCUUGCAUAACAGGACUUGUCCUUGUAAUAUUGAAAACUUUGCUGGACUAAGUUGGAAGUUAAAUCAAGAAUUAAAUCACUGGUUUAUUUUAACCAAUGCAUUGCCAUUAACAUAUUGAGAAUCAGUUAAAAGCAGAGAUGCGUUGAGAGCAGACACAUGGGCAGCUUCAGUUCAGGAGACCCCACAGAGUGGCACAGCCCUUUGGCAACUGAAAUCCCAUUCCUGGCUGGAAGAAGCAGGCAGAGCCCCACCGUUUCCUGGAGAAUCACAUAACCCACCCCAGGUUUGACUUGCAGGACUGGCUCUAUCACAUUUACAGGUUUUCCCAUUUCUUUUUUCCUCUUUUUGUGUCUCAGAGCACGUCACCCAAGCAUCAUCCUUUUGCUCUUUAACCUGGCUUCUCUGCUCUCAGAUCAGACCCCAGGCUUCAAAAUCUGAGUAUUAAACACAUUUUCCCAGCAGCUUCGCAACCUCUGUGUUUCCAGCAAGAGCCUGCAGCCCAGGCUAGCAGUGAGCAGCCAACCUCCUCCUCCCCACCCCACUGUUCUGUCAAUAAGAACAUCAUUUGGCGAUUCAAGACUAGGGAACAAACAGGCUUUCUGGGUGUUACCUAGGGAACCUUACCUGCUAAUGCUUUGCAGGCUGCUCUCUUUGGCAGGUGUCCACUUUUCUGUCUGCGUCUUUCAGCUAUCCCCCAUUUCUGCCUAGAGAGAGCAGCUCUUUUCACACAGCCAGAAAUUUUAUUACUGUGUUCUUACCUUGGCCAUCAAAGAGAGGGUGCUUGGCAUUAGCUUUCCACUGCCCUCAAGAGUUUAUAAAAAAAAUGGGUUAUUUUGAGCCACUGGCGGUUAUUUGUUCCAUAGUCAUCUGUGAAAACUAUGUUAAAUUAUCUCUUCAAUCAUAUCCCAAUAUGCGAGCUGAGGCACAGCAUUUGUACUUUACUACUCCAGAGCAGCUCUGCUUCCAUUACAGCGACAAAGAAGAACAGAGGGACAGAACCAAAGCAGGUCAAACAAAGAUGUUCAACUGGGAUGUGCAGGUUUGCUCCAUUUUUAUCUUAAAAUAAAGCUCACGAUCCUGAAGAUUUUUCAUGUUUGCAAGGCUAAAUUAAUUGCUGGUAAAAAGAAUGUUACUUGCAGCUACCUGAACAGGUCUGUGGUCAUUUAAGUCGAUAAUGAGUUUGGACCUCAAAAAAGAAUUUUUCUGGUACAUUACAGCAACUGCACAUGGAGUCCAGUAUGUAAACUAGGCUGUGAAUGCCACAAGUUUCUAGCUGCCAAAUAACUGCAUAUUCCUUAACUAAGCAUUGACUAUAUGAUAAAAUGAAGUUAUGAAAGAGAUCAGCAUAAGUCUUUUCCAAGUAUUUCACAUCAGAAUUCAGAUAUGUUUAAUGAGAUGGAUUUUUAGGGUUAGUUUUCUGGGGGUUUUGUUUUUAUUUUGUGUUUUGCUGGGGGGUUUAGUGGGGUUUUUUUGUUUAAUUUCAAUACUGAAAAUUGGUCAAAGUUUAGAAUAAAAUAAGUACUUGAUAAAUUUCCUUUCUCUUGUGGGAAUGGGGAAGACCUAUAACUCACCAGAAUUUGUCCAUCAAAGUCCUAUAUUUUCCACAUAGUUUAUAAGGCACCUAAGCAUAUAAUUGUUGUAUAUGCUUAGCAAUAAUUACCCAUUGUUUUCUCUCAAAGAAACAGAGAUGUAUAAAUGGAGCUAUACCUAGUACAUGAAAACUACCAGUGUUGCACUGUACUUAAAGCACAGCUAAAAUUUGUGUCCAAAGGUAUGCCAAUAUCUUUUAGUUUGAACGUAUUGUUUGGUCCUCUCCUACAUUCGGUAGGGAAUGUAUUUCUCAGAGCUAAGAAAUACCUUCUGUUCUGCUUAGAAGGAAAGAGGAUAAAUUAAAAUAAAAAUGCAUGAGCCCAUUUCAACAAAA